AUGGGCCUCAAAACACAGGGAAUCCGAAUUCGGGUUGACGGGAAAUGGAUGCAUCUGAGCGACGAAAUGAUCCAUAACCAUCCAGGGGGAAACGUGAUAACACAAUAUGCCAAUGCAGACGCUACACAUAUGUUUCACGCGUUUCACGAAGGUUCAGGCAUGGCAUAUAAACAAUUGGAAAUCUUGAAGAAACAAGCUUGGGACAAGAGCGAGGAUCUCGAAGAGUACAUUAAAAAAAGGGACGAUAAGAUCGAUGUGAACGUUUCGACUUAUGAUAUUACAAUUGAGCAGGAAAAGAACAUUACUCAACGAUUUGAGCAACUACGACAAGAUGUACACCGACUUGGAUUGAUGGAAGCAAAGGAGGGGGUUCGUGCGGGAAAAAUAAUGUAUUACUACUUCAAAAUGGUGAGCACAAUGUCCAUCAUGUUGUUAGCAUUUGUUCUCCAAUAUCAGCAAUGGUAUCUACUAUCGGCGUGUGUGAUGGCGGUUUGCUGGCAACAACUUGGCUGGAUGACACAUGAGUUCUGUCAUCAUCAACCAUUCAAAAAUCGCCGACAAAAUGAUCGUUUUGGACUUUUCUUUGGCAACAUUGCUCAAGGAUUUGCGAGCGAUUGGUGGAAAGACAAGCAUAAUACCCAUCAUGCCACUACGAAUAUGAUCGAUCAUGACGGAGACAUCGAUUUGGCUCCUCUGAUUACUUUUGUGCCCGCUGAUCUUCUCAAGUACAAAGAACCAUUCGAGAAGGCCAUUCUGAAGUUGAUCCCCUAUCAACAUUUGUAUUACACUGCAAUGUUGCCCGUCUUGAGAUUCUCGUGGUUGGCUCAAUCUCUGCAAUUCGCCUUCGUGCAAAAUAAAUCGAAAUUCCGUCAAUACAGGGAGAAUGCCUUCGAUCAACAGCUCGGUUUGGUGAUUCACUGGGGUUGGGUGCUGUUUCAAUUGUAUCUUCUUCCAUCAUGGCCACUCAGGAUUGCAUAUUUCCUCAUCUCACAGGCAGGUUCCGGGUUCCUCAUCGCUCACGUUGUCACAUUCAAUCACAAUUCCGUUGACAAAUAUCCAGCAAAUUCUCGAAUUCUCAACAAUUUCGCGGCUCUUCAAAUCUUGACCACCCGCAACAUGACUCCAUCACCGUUCAUCGAUUGGCUCUGGGGAGGACUCAACUAUCAGGUUGAACAUCACUUGUUCCCAACAAUGCCCAGAUGCAAUUUGAAUAAAUGCUCGGUUUUAGUGAAGCAAUUCUGUAAGGACACAUCCCUUGAAUACUUAUGCGAUGAUUUCUUUGUGGGCUAUGGGUUGAAUUUGGAACAGCUUGAGAAAAUGGCGAAACACGUUGAAGUGAACGUCCUUGAAGAAGAGGACGAGCAUCGGACUCGGGGA